GAUAAUUGUAUUGUCUAACGAAAAAACAACCCUGAAUAUUUCCCAUUAAAACCCUCUGUGUUCCGACCUGAAGUUGAGGAGCGUCGGCGUCUACAUCCGAUCUUCGCCUGUGACCAUUGACGAAGGAGUUGCCUCUCUUUCCUUCUUUAUCGGCUCAGCGUCGCAACCAAUUUGAUUGAUUAGAAUUGAAUGGGGACUUGUUAAGUUGUUACAAAUUGGUUGACAAUGAAUUGGAACAAAAAUUUGCAGCGUGUCACUCGGUUGCCCAAAGUCAUUAGAGCUAUAACCAAAGGCAGUUCACCCAACAAUCAACAAAAUGCUGUUCUUGCUGAUAAGUUCCUGUCGUUCAAGAAAGCUGGUUUGGCUAAAGGGGAUAUUGCUCUUGGUGAAAAUUUGGUUUCAGAAAGAAAAUUGUAUUGGAGGUCGUAUGGGCUCUAUGUUUCUGGAGCAAGUUCAUGUUGGCCAAAAAAAGAUCCUGUGAACUUACCUUGGAAUUUUGAGCAUGCAAUACACAAUGAUUCCAACUUGAAUAGAGAUUUUCUAGUACAGCUGUGGGUUGCAGAUGGUAAAAUGAAAAAGACCCUUGAAAGAAGAAAACAAAAUUUUGUUGAGCAUACAAGCAAAGACAAAGCAAUUUUUGGUAGUAAACGUUUAGUCGGAAGUUACUUUUCUGGUGGCUCUAUAACCACAAAUGGACCUUAUGAUUCCAGACAAUCUGCCACAGAGCCUCUAGAGUCUGCAUCCCCGGAAGAGGCUUGGAUCGCGCCUCUUCUUUCAAGAUCUAAUCUGCUUAUUACUAGAGACAUAGAAUGGGCUAAUCUCACACUUGGCUUUGAACAGGAGAACAGAUAUGCAAUUGUUGAUGUCAGCAACCCACAUGAGCCGGCAGGUUUCAUUCGUGAGCAGAGCAAUGUCAUUUUCAGACAGUUGCUUCGUUCAAGACGGCCGUUUGUUGCUUCUAUAACUGAUGGCAACGGAAACGAGCUGUUUAGGGUUCGAAGGCCCUUUUGGUGGAUAACCAGCUCAAUCUAUGCAGAAAUAGGUGGAAAGGAAAUUGGGGUGGUUCAUAGAAGAUGGCAUCUCUGGAGGAGGAUUUACGACUUGUACCUGGGCGAUGAGCAGUUUGCGGUGGUUGAAAAUCCUGGCCUUUGGAACUGGACAUUUACUUUGAAGGGCAUUAACGGUGAGGUCCUGGCUGAGAUAGACCGUGACUGGAGAGGUUUUGGUUUUGAGGUCCUCACUGAUGCUGGUCAAUAUGUAAUCCGAUUUGAUCAUGACCGCAUGCCAGGCCUGUCUGAAAAGGUUCAAGAAUUCCACGUAGCGCGUCCACUGACGUUAUCAGAGCGGGCGGUUACUGUUGCACUGGCUGUGUCUUUGGACAAUGACUAUUUUUCGAGACACGGAGGCUGGGGACUUCCUUUCAUUGCAGUUGCUGAAUGAAGUAAGUUGAUAUCAAAGGAUCAUCAUACAGGAUUUGCAGUUAAUGCUCAUACAGAAAAGUUUUGGCUUUGCUGAAUGGGAUCAUCAUACAGGAUUUGCAGUCAAUUGUUUCAAUAAAAGUCAUAAAACAAUCAUUUUGUGUAUGUAUGGUUUUUUAAGAUUUUUGCCUCAGAUUUCCUUCUUGUCCUGUCUUAUACUUGUCUACGAAAAUUAAAUAAAGAGAUUUACAUUUUUAUAAUAU